AGAAAGAGGAAUAGAGAGUGAGGGGACCGGAGUGAGUGAGUGUGUGCCUGCUUCCCUACAGGAUCGGUGUAGGCACACCUCUCUCUCUCUCUCUGGGCUCCCUCUUUUCUGGGUGUCUGUUUACCGACAGACCCAACAUGUUCUUCGUCCACAUUUCCUAUACCUUCUGCCCCUGAACUGAGAUAAGGAGCUGCAUUGAAACGUCAUGGACAAGUUCCUGAGAGAGGGUUCUUCUGUAUGGCUUCGAGCGAAAGAUCAGCUACUGCCGAGCAGUGUCAGCUGUACCUCCAAUGGGAUUGUCCUACUCACAACUGAAUAUGGAGAGGUUUUCUCCUAUGAACUGGCUGAACUAUCUGAGGAGAUUGUUGUCCCAAUGCACCAGACCAGUGUUGACGGGGUGGAUGACAUGUCAAGUCUCACGGAUCUCCAUGAAGCUGCCAUUCUGUACAACCUCUUUCUCCGAUACAAACAGGAUAAGAUCUAUGUACGCCAAUUUUCUAUCACCGCGGUUUCCUUUUCACUUAGUGCCUGUGUUUGGAAUGAUAGAAUCCCAGUCAUGGAAGCUUUCGGAAAUGCCAAGACUGUUUACAACAACAACUCCAGCCGAUUUGGGAAAUUCAUCCAACUUCACUUUUCUCAGAAUGGAAACAUUCAGGGAGGUGCCAUUGUUGACUAUUUACUGGAAAAGAACCGAGUGGUCAGACAGAAUCCAGAUGAAAGGAAUUACCACAUCUUCUAUGCUCUGUUGGCUGGAACCGACUCACAGCAGAAAGAGGCCUUGUACCUGUCAGACGCUGAAUCCUAUCACUAUUUGAAGUCUGGGUGUGUGAGCAACAAGAGUCUGGACGACAAACUGAUGUUUGAGAAAGUGAUGGCUGCUUUCUUUGUCAUGGAGUUUGACAGCGAGGAAAUCCAUGAUAUUUUCAAGUUGCUGUCUGGAGUUUUACAGCUUGGAAAUAUUGAGUUCAUCACUGCUGGAGGUGCCCAGAUAACAACUAAAGAAGUGCUCAACAAUGUCAGUGAUUUGUUGGGUUUGGAUUCUUUUCAACUGGCGGAGUUGCUGACCCAGCGGUCGAUUUUCCUGCGAGGAGAGGAGAUUAGCACCCCCAUGACCAUACAGCAGGCUGCUGAUUCCCGGGAUUCCAUGGCCAUGGCACUCUAUUCCCAGUGCUUUUCCUGGAUCAUUAGGAAAAUCAACACAAAGAUUAAAGGGAAGGAGAGUUUCAAAUCCAUCGCCAUUCUUGACAUCUUUGGCUUUGAGAACUUUGAGAUUAAUCGUUUUGAACAAUUUAACAUUAACUAUGCCAAUGAGAAACUGCAGGAAUAUUUCAACAAACACAUCUUCUCCCUGGAGCAACUGGAGUAUAACAGAGAAGGAAUGAGUUGGGAAGCAAUUGAUUGGAUGGAUAAUGCCGAGUGUUUGGACCUGAUUGAAAAGAAACUGGGCCUCCUUGCUCUGAUCAAUGAGGAGAGUCGGUUUCCAAAAGGCACUGACUCCACACUGCUUGAGAAAUUGCACAGUCAGCACCAGUGUAACUCGUUCUAUGUGAAGCCACGGGUAACUGAUCAUCAGUUUGGGAUAAGACAUUAUGCUGGUGAGGUCAUGUAUGACGUUCACGGGUUUCUCGAGAAGAAUAGGGACACUUUUCGAGAUGACAUUCUAAACCUCCUCAAGGAUAGCCGGCUGGAUUUUAUAUAUGAUUUGUUUGAGCAAGUUUACAGUCGCAAUAAUGGUGAUGACACAAUGAAAAUGGGAACACAGCGUCGCAAACCGACUGUCAGCUCCCAGUUCCGGGACUCUCUGCACUCACUAAUGGCGACCCUCAGCUCCUCAAAUCCCUUUUUCAUUCGCUGUGUCAAGCCCAACAAUCAGAAGUUUUCUGUCUACAUGCUCCCCCAUCUUGUGAAUAAUAUGGAGCAUGUAACAAUUGCAGGGAUAUCCAUGAACAACAUAAGAUCUCAGGAAAGGCAAGAAACACCAUUAUCGCCCAGCCAGCUGAGUGAAAGCACGGUGUUGGUGGAGCAGGAGAAUGAUGCCGAAGUGCUGUCAGAUUUGGCGCAGGCAGAGAGGAAACAAAUACAAGAGAUAGUGCGUCUCGAGCAUGAAAUCCAACGGUUGCAAAAUGGAAGGGGAUUGAGCUGUGGGAAUCCCAUCUGUGGUCUAUCACGGAGGGAGAUAGAGAGCCAACGUAAGGAGGAGAUCAGACGCUUGGAGAAGGAAGCAUCCAGAGUGGCACAGGAAUUCCUGGAGUUGCUGAACUUUGGAGGGUUGGAUGAGAGUGGCCGGAGUCUUGAGCAGUCUCCAUCCAGUAGGGACAACCUCUGCAGUAGUAGCUGCAUUGGGCAGUGUCCUGAGCAGGAGCUGGACAAAGAAUUUCAAACUGAUGAGGAAAUGUCAACAGUGACCUGUACAGAUCAGACUGAUGGAUCAACGAGUCAGAUGCAAAUCAGUAACUAUGUGCAGGACAAUGAAUACAUGAACUUGCCUUUGUCCAGUGAAACACUGGAGGAGAGAGAGAAUCCCCAGGAUAGGAGAGGCAGCAAUCGGAGUCCACAGUGGGAGAGUGAGGAAAUCUCAAACACUGGGCCUGGCUCUCUCUAUGCAACUGACAACAGUGAAGAACCGAUUUACAGUCUCCCCCCUGAUGUUGAAUCAGAUUAUGAUCAUGAUGAGUUUGAUGAUCCAGUUACAAAUCAUGGCGAGUCACAGGACAGUUUGAAAAUAUCCAGCUUUAAUCCCAGGAACAUGGGGAUGUGUCGCUGCAGCACUGACUCGUUUAUGGACAGUGAGGAGGAGCUUGACCUUCGAGCAGAUACUGACGAAGAGUUCAACACUUGUCGAGUGCCCAUUACCAGUGGGUCCAGGGCCCCGUACUUCCAUGGUUACCUAUACAUGAAAGGAGGCCUGAUGAUCCCAUGGAAACGGCGCUGGUGUGUUCUAAAGGAUGAGACCUUCAUGUGGUUCCGUGCCAAGCAGGAGGCCCUGAAGUCAGGCUGGCUGUACAAAAAAGGUGGUGGAAUGUCCACGCUGUCUCGCAGGAACUGGAAACGCCGCUGGUUUGUGCUGCGAGAAACCCGGCUCAUGUAUUUCGAAAAUGACAGCGAAGAGAAGCUGAAAGGGACGAUCGAUAUCCGAGGGGCAAGAGAAAUUGUGGAUAAUGGGGAGAAGGAAAAUGCUCUGGAUGUGGUGACAGAUGAGAGAAUCUAUCACAUCGUCGCUGAGUCUCCUCAAGAUGCCAGUGAUUGGUUCAAUGUACUAAGUGGUGUUCACAGUGCGACACAGCAGCAGUUGCGAGAGAUGCGUGAUGAACAGGCAAAUCCAAAGAACGCAGUGGGCACUGUGGAUGUUGGAUUGAUUGAGUCUGUGUGCGCCUCUGACAACCCUGACAGACCAAAUUCUUUUGUGAUUAUCCUCGCGACACGUGUGAUUCACUGUAACUCCGUCAGUCCAGAGGAAAUGCAUCACUGGAUAUCCCUGCUUCAGAAAUCCAAGGGAGAUGCCAUGAACCUGGGACAAGAAUUCAUUGUUCGUGGUUGGCUCCAUAAAGAGAUGAGGAGCAGUGGGAAAACCUCGUCAUUGAAACUGAAGAAGCGUUGGUUUUUGCUGAAUAGUAACUCACUGGAUUAUUAUAAAUCUGCUGAACGAAACUCAACCAAACUGGGCACCUUGGUCUUGAACAGUCUCUGCUCUGUCAUUCAACCUGAUGAUAAAACCUUCAGAGAAACAGGUUAUUGGCACUUUGUGGUUCAUGGCAGGAAACACUCCUAUCGACUUUACACCAAGUUACUGAAUGAGGCCACACGCUGGACCAGUGCCAUUCAGAACGUCAUCGACAGCAAAGUUCCCAUAGAAACUCCAACCCAGCAGCUGAUUCGUGACAUCAAGGAGAACAGUGUGAAUGUGGAGAUUGUGGAGCAGAUUUACAAAAGGAACCCAAUCCUACGUUAUACCCAACACUCCCUGCACUCACCUCUUUUACCAUUGCUCUACGGAGACAUCGACGCCAGCUUGCAAAAGGAGAAAGGAUACACAAAUCUACAGGACGAGGCUGUCAGGAUCUUCCAUUCUCUGCAGGAACUCGAGGCUAUCUCUGAUCCCAUUCCAAUCAUCCAGGGAAUCCUGCAAACCUGCCAGGACCUCAAAUCGCUGCGGGAUGAGGUUUACUGUCAGCUCAUCAAACAAACCAACCACAUGCCUCACCCAAACGGCACCGGGAGCCUGCACCACUGCCGGCUGCUCAGCUGCAUGAGCUGCACCUUUCUGCCUAGCCGCACCAUCCUUCGCUACCUCAAGUUCCACCUGAAGAGGGUUAGAGAGCAGUUCCCAGGAACAGAGAUUGAGAAAUACGCCCACUUUAUUAAUGAGUCUCUGAAGAAAACCAAAGUGCGGGAGUUUGUGCCAUCACAGGAAGAGAUUCAGGCAUUGAUAGGCCGGCAGGAGAUGGUGACGACUGUUUACUGUCAUGGUGGGGGAGCCUGUAAAAUCACCAUCAACUCGCACACAACAGCAGGAGAGGUUGUUGAGAAGUUGAUCCGGGGCCUGGCGAUGGAGGACAGCAGGAAUAUGUUCGCUCUCUUUGAACACAAUGAAGACGGUGACAAGGCAAUUGAGAGCCGGGUCAUUGUGGCUGAUAUUUUGGCGAAAUUCGAGAGGCUGGAACUCGGUGCUGAGGGUGGUCCCACGUUGUCUGGCCUCUACUUCAAACUGUACUGCUUCCUGGAUGUGGAGAAUGUGGCAAAGAAUGGAGUGGAGUUUGCCUUCAUGUUCGAACAGGCCCAUGAGAGUUUACUCAGUGGACAUUUCCCUGCACCCGAGGAUACCCUGCAGCUUUUAGCAGCUUUGAGACUGCAAAACAUUCAUGGAGAUUACAACAAGGGCUCCUUGAAUCUCCAGGAAGUUUAUCCUGUCUCCAAACUGAGAAACAAGAUCUUGCAAUCCACAAAAUUCAACUCGCAGACCCUGAAGAGGAGGACCAGUUUUUUGGAGGGGACAUUGCGCCUCGGCCUUCGCACAGGCUCUGUGAAGAAACAGAGGAUGGAAGAAGAGCAAAUGUUGGAGAUGUGGUUGAAAGAAGAACUGUCUGCUACUCGCACAAGCAUCGCCGAUAAAUGGAAAAGGCUACGGGGAAUGACGCAGCAGCAAGCCAUGCUAAGGUACAUGGCCAUUGUCAUGGAGUGGCCUGGCUAUGGUUCCACUCUCUUUGAUGUAGAGUGUAAGGAGGGUGGAUUUCCCAAUGAGCUGUGGUUGGGUGUCAGUGCUGAGAAUGUUUCAAUCUACAAACGGGGUGAUGCCCGGCCUCUGGAAACCUUCCAGUAUGAACAGAUUGUUUUCUUCGGUGCUCCACUCCCAAACACAUACAAGAUAACUGUGGAAGAAAGGGAAAUGUUCUUCGAGACUCCACAGGUGGGUGAAAUCACCAAGAUAAUGAAGGGCUACAUCAACACGAUUGUGAAGAAACGAUACAGCAUCAAGUCUGCGGUCACUAAUCGCAGCGAGGCCAGUGCCUGGACCAGAUGAGCAGGACCACUCCCCUUGCCCCUCCUCACACCCCUACCCUCCCCUUGCCCUCCUCUCACUGACCAAGGAAAGACUGAUCAAGGGAAUGAUGAUGGGUUAUUGGCACAGAGACCUCCUGUGGUGUGGUCAAUAAUGGGCAAAGGGCAGUUGGAGGUGGGAGGUCAUGUGAUGAGAUCUCCAGGAGUUCAUCCAAUCAAAGUCGGCAGUCCGAGAGGAGAUGAAAAGCCACAGUAGAGCUGGUUCAGUCCUGACUCCGCCGUUCUCAAUGUCUCUGAGGUCACCACACCAGCUCGGCCUGCAAUACUGCGGGCAGUGUUGCUGAGAGGAAUACAGCAUGGAAACGAUGGGUCAAAUAGCCAUUUUUGGUGCUCUGCCAUUCUUUAACAUUUCCUGCUGAUCAGAGAGGUUUCUCUGUCAGUCUUUAUCUUGUUUUCUCUUUGUUUACUGCGUUUCUCUCUCUCUUUCACUCUCUUUCUCGCCUUGUCUCUGACUUGAGCAAUCUGUUUCUGGCUAUCCCUCCCACUCUGUCCUAUGCCCCCUUCUCUCAGUCUCUCUUAUUUUCUCUCUGUCACUUUCUUUCCCAUUUUGUCUUUUCUUUCCUUAGUGAUUUGUAACUGGCUUUACAAAGCAAUUCCUCGAAUGUACCAAUUUAUUUAAACACUGUAUUGAGAUUGGACAGAUUAAAGGAGAUUCUGCAGCUGCUCAACAUCACAAAAUAACCAAAUAUCCCAAAUUGGAGUUUUGUAAGUUUGUUUUUUCACUGACAAAUACAAACAGCAAUUGUCUGAA